AGAUGUGGCUUGUUUACCGUCUAUCAUCAUCUUGUCAUUAGCAUGUCAAUUGUGGAAUCGCGUAGACAAAAUUUAUUGCCGUAGAACUAAUGUUAUAAACUUCGAGACAUAACCGUCAAUGCACUGAAAAUAACUUGCAUGAUAAAAGUAUUUUUAUACUAACAAUAUGUGGUCAUUUUUUAGUAGGGAUGCAGCAAAAGAUUUUGGUUACGAAUUAGGUACCGAAGUGGAUGCAAAUAAAGAUUAUUCAAUUUGGAAACUACAUCAUGGGAAGAAAAAAUCGACUGGGGAAUCAGUUAGUAUUUUUGUGUUCGAGGUAACAGGUACUGAAACCCAAGCUUUGUUAGAUUUAGCAAAGUCUGCCGUAAAGCGUCUUAAAACUUUACGACACCCAAGCAUAUUGACAUAUUUAGACAGUUUAGAAACGGAUAAACUUAUUUAUUUAGUGGUGGAAACAGUUGAACCCUUAGAAUUGCAUCUUUCAAAAAGUACUUAUGAUCCAGCUCAAAGAAAUUUGGCACUUUCAUGGGGAUUAUAUCAAAUAGCUUCUGGACUGACAUUCCUCAAUAAAGAUUGCCAGUUAUCUCAUAAUAAUAUCUGUAUGGCUUCCAUUUUUGUGGAUCGUGCAGGAGAAUGGAGACUUUUUGGAGUCGAAUAUAUGGCUCCAUCUAAAGAUCCUCCACCAACAAAGGUAUUGCCAGCUUUGCAAAUAUAUAAUCCGCCUGAAUAUGAAUCAAGAAGACUUGAAGACUAUCCUAAUUUGGCAUAUGAUAGUUGGGGAUUUGGAUGCUUGAUAUGGGAGGUUUUUAAUGGUCAUCUUGGCAAAAUUUCGUCUUUGAAGACUACAGGAAAAAUUCCUUCAACAUUAACUCCAUUCUACUGUGAACUUGUAUGUGCAAAUCCAAAAUCACGACCAAGUUCCUCAACAUUCCUGAAAAAAGUAAUGAAAGGAAGUAGCUUCUUUAAAAAUAAAUUUGUUGAAACUAUGCUGUUCCUAAGGGAAAUACAUAUAAAAGAUAAUGAAGAAAAAAUAACCUUCUUUAACAAUUUGUCCUCUUCAUUGGACACAUUUCCACAAGAUAUAUGUUUGUACAAAGUUUUGCCGGAACUUAUUAAUGCUUUUGAAUUUGGAAAUGCAGGCUCUUCAGUUCUUUCACCUAUGUUUAAGUUAGGUAAGUUAUUAUCUGAAGAAGAUUAUCAGAAGAAAAUUGUUCCAUGUGUGGUUAAAAUGUUUUCUUCGAAAGAUAGAGCUACAAGAGUGAAACUGUUGCAGCAAGUUGAAUUAUUCAUUGAUCAUAUUCAACCUUCUGUUAUAAACAAUCAAAUAUUUCCAAAUAUUGCUCAAGGGUUCUUGGACACCAAUCCUACCAUUAGAGAUCAUACAAUCAAGUGUAUGUUGUACUUAGCUCCAAAACUGAACUAUCAAAAUUUAAAUGAAGAAAUGCUGAAACAUUUUGCACGGCUGCAGUCUAAAGAUGAACAGGGAGGAAUAAGAACAAACACGACUGUAUGCCUUGGAAAAAUAGCGUCUUAUUUACAUCCUCAAACAAGGAAAAAAGUUUUGAUUAGUGCUUUUUUGAGAGCUCUAAGAGAUCCAUUUCCUCCUGCUAGGACUGCAGCAAUUUUAGCACUUUCUGCAACAGAACAUUACUAUAGUAUUAAUGAUUGUGCAACAAAAGUUUUGCCAGCUUUGUGCCACUUUACCGUAGAUUCAGAAAAAAGUAUAAGGGAUCAUGCAUUCAAAGCUAUUGCAGGAUUUUUGUCAAAGUUAGAAAAGGUUUCUGAGGAUCCAAGCUUGAUUGAAAAAAUGGAAGAGGAAUUGCAGUCUACUACUCCAUCGUCAAUAGCUGCCAGCUGGACAUCUUGGGCUGUUAUGUCACUUGCUGAUAAGUUGUACAAGUCAUCUUCAAAAAAUCAGGUUUCUACCUCUGAUAAAACUGCAUCUUCAUCAUUAGACACAAAUGAGAAAGCAGAUAAAACUGCAGAGGAGACUACAGAGUUACAAAAAUCACUUGACAACAGCAUAAGCAAUGAAGAUUUGUGGAAUGAAGACUGGGGUGAAGAAGAAGAAAAG